AAUAAAAAAUAAAAUAAAUAAAUAAAUCGCCAAUCUUCGGAGCACGAAGACGAAUGAACCUGAAACUGUGAAAAACACCAUUUUCACAUUAAAAAUCUCACGCAGAACACACAGUGGCAGUGGCAUAUGCAUAUACGUAUUUAUGUAUGGCUAUUUAUCUCUAUAUCCACAUUACAGUGUAAUGCUCUGAUAAUUUCACGUACUCUAGGGCAAAAUUUAGUACCUUCUGCUUUGAAUUGAGGUACCUUGUGCAUCAGAAGCAAAACCCUAGCAGUGGUGCUAACACAAAAUUCGAGGUCUUCCCUUUUAUAGCCCCUUCAUUGCAAUUCAUUCGUGCUUCAUCGCAAUUCAGGAGAUAACUUCCUGAGGCAUUGGAAGAGAUCAUGUAUAGCUUUUGAACUGGGGAAUGCAUGGAUGUAGUUCAACAUCUGUUCUUUUAGUCGAUGCCGAAUUUGAUUCUAUGGGAGGUUCUGAAGUAGGAGUUGGAACUGCUAACAGAACUUCUCCGCGGAAAGCAGCAAUUGAGAAAGUUCAAGCAGAGCUAAGGCAAGAAUUUGGUGUCCGGGAUGAAUGGAGAAGAGAAUUGGAUUUUCUUGAGCAAGGCGGAAACCCCCUCGAUUUUAAGCUUGGGAAUGUUGCUUCUGUUAGUGUCCAGUCAACUUCAGUUACCGACCAACAUCCCGAUCAGUUUGUGACCAGUGAAGCAAAAGGUGGUUUGGCAUUUACUACUUCUCCUCACGGAGAUUCAGUGGAAAGUAAUCGUAGACCCGAGGCAGCUCUUUGUGAACCCAAUAGUGCGGAUAAUCUCAUCUUAUUAGAUGCUGAACAUGGAUAUUCCGAAGGUCGUAAGAGUUUGUUACAUCCCAAUAGAAGUAAUGUUGUGCCAUCUGAACAGUCAUUCCAGAUGGAUGUAAGUCGUAAAACUCAGGAACAUGGGGAUUCUGCUGCUUUUGGUCUCCCUAGAAAAGCAUAUAAGAGAAGGAAUAGGUUCCGUCCCAACCGUGAUGGAGCUAGGUCAAGUUCAACUGAUGUAAAUCCAAUUCGUGGAAGUCAUUCCUCUUCUUUACCUUCUCGCCAUGGGCAUAAGGAUGUAAAUGGAUUGGCAUCGGAUACCGAGAAUCAAAGUAUAUCAUUGAACUGGAACUCAAAGCCUACAAGUCCAAUGGAUGUUACCCGCCCUAAAACUGUAUUUGCAGGUGCUCAGGACAAUAUUGGAUUCGAUGGUCUAAAGUCCGUAAAAUCAACCAAGGACCUGAUUGAGGGUGUUUUUGUAAAUACUGCAUCAGAUGUCAUAGCUUCAAAAAACCCUGUAGACGAGGAACUAAGUCAACAAUCACUUUCAGGUGCUAUUAAAACUCGUAAUCGAAUGGAUUCAAACGAGCCUGAAGCAAUCCAGGUUUUGGGAGAAAUGGACCCUGCAGUUAUUGAGUGUCAGCCAAGUGUGAAUGCCACAAAAGUUGAGAUUCAAUCUAGUUCCAGUCAGAUCAAUGGAUUCAGCAGUAAAAAAGGCGAUGAGAUGAUAAAUGACGAUCAUAAGAGCAGUCCCUCUUGUGUGAUAAAGGUUUUGGAUUCUGAGUCAUCUUGCACGCAAACCAGCCUCAGUAAUGAUGCAAAUAAUGAUAUGGAAAAGUGUACUAGAGUGAAAAAUGUUGACUCCAAUGGGAACCUUGAAAAUCAAACUUUACAAGAUGGGAACCCAGUUAUAGAAAGUGAUAAAUUUGCAAAUGGAGAUAAAGAUACUGAGGAAAUUGACGUUUCCACUCUUGUCAACAAGGAGAGUGUUUCUGCUUGUCAAAGCCAAAGAGAUACUAGUUUCUCACUCCAACCGAAGGAGGAAUUAUAUCAAAGCGAAUCUGCUUCAAAAGACGAGGUGAAAGAUCAAGUUAUCACUGAGGGAAUGGAUACUUGUGACCCCAUUCAAUCAGAAUCUGGGAGUAAACCUACUGAUCCUUUGGCUGACAAUCCUGGACUGCAGAAUGAAACAUCUCGUGAUGUUGGGCAUCAAGGUUCUAUUGAUGUUUCAAAUUUGGAUCUCACUGAGGCUAGAUGCUUGGCUAGUGUGUCUACUUUUUCAGAUGAGGCGCAAAUAAUCCCCGAGUCUGACUCAAAGUUGGCAAGCAGUAUCGAUGAAGAUGCAAUAUUGAAAGAAGCACAGAUCAUAGAGGCAAAGCGGAAGAGAAUUGUGGAGUUGACUAAUGUGACUUCUCCAAUUGAGAUUCCCCGGAAAUCCCAUUGGGAAUAUGUGCUUGAAGAAAUGGCAUGGUUGGCAAAUGAUUUUGCACAGGAGCGUAUUUGGAAAAUUGCUGCUGCAGCUCAAACAUGUUAUCAAGUUGCUGUUACUUCUCGGUUGAGAAAACAAGAAAAAUGUUCUGGCAUGGAUGCAAAGCGUGUUGCUCAUACCUUGGCCAAAGCUGUCAUGGGGUUUUGGCACUCUGUAGAGGUACAAAUUCAGGAGACAAACAAAGAACUGAAACAACAACUUCAGAAGGAUGAGGGACUCUCUGUUCGGGAUUAUGCAGUCAGAUUACUGAAAUGUAAUGAACCCAGUAUUUUUCUUAGUCAGACGGAGGUACCGUUAACACCGGAUAGAAUUUCUGACUCGGGAGUCCUGGACCUGUCAUGGGAGGAUAGUUUGACGGAAGAGAAUCUCUUCUACUCGGUUAAUCCUGGAGCUAUGGAAACCUAUAGAAAUUCCAUUGAAUCUCAUGUGACUCACUGCAGGAGAAUUGGAUGCACUGUGCAAGAGGAAGUGGAGACGUCUGCUUGUGAUGUCGCAACAGAUUUUGAAUAUAAAGAUAAUGCAUAUGAUGAGGAUGAGGGGGAAACAAGCACAUAUAACAUACCAGUGGCCUUUGAAGAUAACAAAUCUUCGAGAUAUGGCCAAAAAAAGAGGAAACACUUGGGACAUUCUUAUGGUGCGAGGUCGUAUGAAAUAGGCUCUGAUUUGUUGCCUAUGCCAAGUACUGAAAAUAACUUAGUGAGCCAACAAUAUGGUUUAGCGGCCAAACGGCCAGGCAGCAGUCUUAAUGUAUCAGUCCCAACAAAACGCUUACGGACUGCUUCCAGAAGAGUUAUCAGUCCUUUUAACGCUGGAGCAUCUGGAUAUAUUCAGAUGCCAAAUAAAACAGAAGCUUCAAGUUGUGAUACCAAUUCAUUUCAGGAUGAUCAGAGUACCCAACGUGGUCGAUUGCUUGUUCCAAAUAGUGUAGAAGUAGACUCAGCUGGCGCUUUUGAAAAUAAAUUACCAUUUGACUCUGCAGAAGUAUCAUUAAAACCUAAGAAGACGAAGAAAGCAAAGCAUCUGAAUUCUUCAUAUGAACAGAGAUGGCAGGUCGAUUCGAGUUUCCAGAAUGAGCAGUUUCGGAGAGAUCAGUGGAAAAAAGGUUUGGACGGUCAUCAACUUGAGUCUAAUGGGAACUGUGGUUUAUUGGGUCAACCUGUAUUAAAGAAGCCGAAGCUUAUCCGGCAAUCACAGGAUAGCUCUUUUGACAAUAUCCCACCAAGUGGAGGGUCUGUUCCUUCUCCAGUAGCCUCCCAAAUGAGUAACAUGUCAAAUCCGAAUAAAUUUAUUAAAAUGCUUGGUGGCCGGGAUCGUGGUAGGAAAUCUAAAGCUCUUAAGGUGCCUUUUGGGCAGUCGGGUUCAGGAAGCAUAUGGUCACUCUUUGAAGACCAGGCACUUGUUGUCCUGGCACAUGACCUUGGGCCCAACUGGGAGCUUGUAAGUGAUGCUAUUAACAAUACUGUGCAAAAGUGCAUACACCGAAAAGCCAAAGAAUGCAAGGUGCGUCAUAGCUUUUUGAUGGAUAGAAGUCCUGGCGAUGGGGCGGAUAGUGCUGAAGAUUCUGGGUCUUCACAGCCUUACUCUUCUACAUUACGUGGCAUUCCCAAGGGAAGUGCUAGGCAGUUGUUUCAACGUUUACAGGGUCCAAUGGAAGAAGAAACCGUCAAAUCUCACUUUGCGAAGAUAACAAUGAUUGCACAGAAACAACAUUGUCGUAAGACACAGGAUCCCAUACAACUUCAGCAACCUCACAGCUCUCAUACAGUUGCUCUUUCGGAAGUUUGUCCAAAUAACCUUAAUGGAGGACCCGUUUUAACGCCUCUGGAUCUGUGUGAUACCAGCGUUUCUGGCCCUGAUAUUCUUUCUCUUGGAUAUCAAGGGCCACUUUCUAGUGGAUUGGCUAUUCCAAAUCAGGGCAGUCCUACUCCAUCGCUUCCUGCAUCUGGUGCCAGUUCUGCGUUGCAAGGAUCCUCAAAUAUGAUGAUUGGCAAUACCUUUUCAUCUCCUCAUGGGCCUCUCAGUUCAUCUGCCAGCAGGGAUGGUAGAUAUGUCCCCAGGUCAGGAUCAUUGUCAGCUGAUGAACAACAGAGGAUGCAGCAGUAUAAUCAAAUGAUACCUGGUAGAAACAUACCUCAACCCAAUAUCUCUUCUGCUGGAAUUGAUCGAGGUGUUCGUGUUCUUCCUGGUGGGAAUGGCAUGGGUGUCAUGGGCGGUGUUAAUAGAAGCCUGCCGAUGGCAAGACCCGGGUUCCAGGGUAUUCCGUCAUCAUCAAAUUCUGGUAAUAUGGCGUCCCCUGGUAAUGGUAUGUCAUCAGCAAAUAUGCACGCUGGAAUAGGUGCUGGCCAGGGAAGCUCUAUGUUGAGACCUCGUGAAGCUGUGCAGCACAUGAUGCGGGAUUCGCCGAGGCAAAUGAUGGCCCCUGAACUACAGAUGCCUGGAAACAGCCAAGGAAUGUCUCACUUCGGUUCUCCACCAGUAUCAUCAUACCCCAUUCAUCACCCAAUAUCUCCACAACCACCACAAGUUCUUAGUCCUCGUCACCCACAUUUUCAAGGACCAGCAAAUCAUGUCCCGAACCCUCAGCAGCAAGCCUAUGCAGCAGCUCGUCUGGCUAAAGAGAGGCAGCUGCAAAAUCGCAUUCUACAGCAGCAGAAACAGUUUGCUGCAUCUGAUUCUUUGAUGUCGCCGCAUGUACAGUCACAGCCUCAACUUCCUGUAUCAUCUCCUAUGCAAAAUAGUUCGCAAGUUAAUAAUAAUAAACCCCAGCAGACAAGUUCUCCGCCAGUAUCAGUCUCUCCUUCGAUGAAUUCAGUGCCACCUCAGCAUCAGCCAAACCAUCAAAAACCAGCACAAGGAGCUGCACGGAAUGGACAAGCUGGUGGGAGUGGGUUGACGAAUCAUACGGGCAACAAACGGCAAAGGCAACCAAAUCAGUUUUCGCAAGCUAAUAGGCAACAUCCUCAGCAGCGACAACAGCAGUUACAAGCUCAACAAGCAGCUAAGGCUGCCAAAGGAGUUGGUAGAGGGAAUUUGUCGAUGCAUCAGAACAUCCAUACUGAUACCUCCCUCCUAAACGGGACUUCAGCAAAUCUCGGGGAGAAAGGAGAGCCAGUGUCGUUCACUGGUUCACCACUAAAUACGGGACAACAAGUAAGGCCAUUUGUAGCUUCACAGGCCACCAAUCAGUCACUGCCUCAGCAAAAGAUGUAUUCUGGCCAGGCAUCUUCAUCAUCAAGAAAUCUCCAAAGUAAUGCUCAGUCUGAUAAUAGCUCUAAAGGUCAAUUUCCUCCAGUUGCUCCUCCUGUUUCGUCUGGUGGCAAUCAGUCCGGUACGUCGUUAACCACUGCAGGGUUAAACCACCAACAGGGACCAUCUCAGCAAAAACUAGCAAAUCAAAAUCAACCAGCUUCUCAAAGAGUGGUGGUUCAACCAAAUCGACAGAUUAAUCCUGACCCGUCAACUAAACCACAAGUUGGAGAUUCUGAUACUGAGAUAGAGGCUUCUAAUAAUGCAACAAAUGCAGUUCAAGUUGUGUCACCGACCGGUGGUCAUAAGUGGCAUAAUUCAGAACCCUUAUCGGAUUCAAAUGCAUUAAAAUCACCAACGAAUUUGAGUUCCUUGGUUUCAGUCCCCUCAAACUCGAGUGAGUCUGUUCCUCAAGCUGGUCAAGGUCUUAGCCAGAGAUCAUCAUCAGCCAGCUUACCCCAAAUUCGGCACGACCAGCAGCCUCAGCAGCAGCAAUCACAACAGCCUCAGCAGCACCAGUCGCCACUUCAUUCCCAGCAGGUGGUGCAGCUUCUCCAAGCAGGGAACGGCAAUUUGUUCGGCAGAUCUACUGAAUCUAGAUUGGAAUGAGUCUGGCCAAUCAGAUUCUCACAACAAAGAUUUGAUCAGGCCCAUAUCGGGUCGACAUACUCCUGAGAUAGCAGUGUACAGAGAAGAACAUGUGUGCAAGGGAAUGGAAAGAUGGCGUGUUGGUCAAAGAAAAGAGUUCUCCACUGAUCUGUGAAGAGAUGCUGCUGGGUCGGGUCAAAUGUUUUGAGUAUACUGUAUAUUAGAAUUGGGCCAAUGGAUAGCUUGAGGAAGAUAGAGAUAGAUGGUAGGGGUAGAUGUACAGUCUCUCGUGUCUCUCCGUUUUGGUGCCUUCUUCUUUGUAGCCCUUAUUUAUUUUCGUGCUCGAUUUAAUUAGGAGCUGUAUUUGUUUCCGCAUAUGUAGAGAGAGAUCAGUCAUGUAAUUUUUUGCCCUUGCGUUAAGGGCUAAAUUAUCAUCAUUGUAAAGCCCAAGGCUGUCGAACUUUUGUGAAUAUUAGUCCUUUUUGUAUAAUUGGGGAUUUUGCUUCCCAUUUUGUAAGUUUAAAUGAAGUUAUACCAUGCUAGUUGUUUCUCUUAA